ACACACGCAAAUCAAAAGAAAUACGCAUGCGCACAUACCGCAUGUUGUUCUCCUAUGCGGAAGUCAACGAUCUGUCAUAUGACCUGAGCCUGGAGAACAAGAGCGAUGCCGCACGUUAAUGGAUAAAAGUACGAGAUACGUCGAAUGACAUCCACAACGAGAAAGGAAUGGAGGAGAUAAAAGUGUCUCCCGACUACAACUGGUUCAGGAGUACAGUGCCAUUGAAAAGAAUAAUAGUCGACGACGACGACAGCAAGGUGUGGUCGCUGUACGAUGCCGGGCCCAAGAGCAUCCGGUGCCCCAUCAUCUUCCUGCCCCCGGUCAGUGGCACUGCAGAGGUGUUCUUCCAGCAGGUCCUGGCUCUGACCGGCUGGGGCUACAGAGUCAUCUCGUUGCAGUAUCCUGUAUACUGGGAUCUCUUGGAGUUCUGCGAUGGAUUCCGGAAGCUUCUUGAUCACUUGCAGUUGGAUAAGGUUCAUUUGUGUGGGGCUUCGUUGGGGGGGUUCCUGGCCCAGAAGUUCGCAGAGUGUACGUACAAGUCCCCACGGGUGCACUCUCUAAUACUGUGCAACUCCUUCAGCGACACCUCCAUUUUUAACCAGACCUGGGCGGCAAACAGCUUUUGGUUGAUGCCAGCCUUUAUGCUUAAGAAGAUUGUUUUGGGGAACUUUGCCAAAGGACCUGUCGACCCCAAAAUGGCGGACGCGAUCGACUUCAUGGUUGACCGGCUGGAGAGUCUGAACCAAAGUGACCUAGCCUCCCGGCUCACGCUCAACUGUCAGAACUCCUACGUGGAACCACACAAGAUAAAGGACGUGGUGGUGACCAUCAUUGAUGUGUUUGAUCACAGUGCCCUCUCUCUGGAGGCCAAGGAGGAGAUGUAUAAACUGUACCCCAACGCCAGACGAGCUCAUCUCAAAACAGGCGGGAACUUCCCUUACCUCUGCCGGAGUGCGGAGGUCAACCUGUACAUCCAGAUCCACUUGCGCCAGUUCCAUGGAACGAGGUACGCUGCCAUCAACCCCUCCAUGGUCAGCGCCGAGGAGCUCGAGGUGCAGAAGACUCAGCUGACGGAGGACAGAGACCUGGCCGACAGCCAAUGAGAGACUACCUUGUUCUGCUGGCACCCACCAGUGUGUGUGUCGGUGUGUGUGUAUCGGUGUGUGUGUGUGCGUAUGGAGAAAUCAUUGAAAGGAAGCUGAAGCUUAUCACCCUUGAGCUUGCUGAUUGCUUCAUGCUUCCUUCUCCAGCACCUUGUUUUGAACAGACUUCCUUUAGCAUCGCAGUUUUCUUUCUUCCGAGGCUGAAUAAUCAAUAUACAGAUUUAAUUGAUUAUAUUUGUACCACAAAAAAACGACAGUAUUUUGAUAAUCGCCUAUUGUAUAUACCGAGAAAGCUCUGAGGCGGCUUCGUCUUAUGAUUGCUGUAUGAUUCCAUGUCAUGAGUUUUUUGCCUUAUGUGAAAUUAUUUGGACGAGUCAUGAUGACCUUGCACUUUUAAUUUUUGGGUUACCACUGCCAACAGUUAACUAGUAGAAUGUGAGAAAAAUGUGUGUGCGGGUUAUACUGAAACAAGCAUUGGAUAGGUAUUCGCUAGAGUUGAACCACAUUGUCAUCCCUCUAAUUUGGAGUAAAUGCAUUGAAUACUUGGUG